AUGCCGCGACCGAAAGAGGAGGUCAUUAGUGAUUUUUUGCUUGGUGAAGUAGAGAAGCAUAAGCUGCUGAAGAGGCCAUGCAUCGUAGGGUUCCAAGGUCCUCAAGGGAGUGGCAAAUCGUAUACGUGUGCGCGUAUCGCUGAGUACCUAGGUUCGCGAGAUCCGCCUGUUCGGGUCGAAGUGUUCUCGUUGGAUGGUGCGUCGAUAUUACUGAUACCUUGA